UGCAAUACCUAGACAACUCACGUCUCCAAACCUGGCUUCUUGUCUGUCUGCGUAAGAUGCAACUCCUAUUUAGGCAUAUUAAUAAUUAAGCAAAGCUUCUGUGAAGUAAUAAUCGGUUUAAAGUUAUCUUAGCCACCAAUAUCUCUCAAUAACAAGCUUAUCAUCCACGUCUCUCGAAUGAUCUGGACGUCCCACUCGGCGCCCUCCUCCCUCGCUCCACGCUUUCGCUCUCUUCUUAGAGCUUGUGCUCGCAAUUCCUCUCUCGACACCGGAAAGAAGCUCCACGCCAAAGUCAUUGUCACUGGCCUUGUUUGUCUUCCUGAUCACUUCCUUCGCAACGCCCUCCUCCAUCUGUACGCAGCUUGCGGUUGUGCUCUGUACGCGCGCAAGGUGUUUGAUGAAAUCCCCCACUCUCACAAGGACUCUGUAGAUUGGACCACCUUGAUUGGUUGCUCUGCUCGCCAUGGCAUGCCUAGAGCGGCGCUUAGUUUUUUUGUUGAUAUGCGAAGAGAGGGCUCAGAGGUUGAUGAGGUGGCCAUGGUUUGCGUAUUCAAUGCCUGUGCACGCCUGGUGGAUGUUAAGGUUGGACUACAAUUACAUGCUGGUGCGGUGAAAUCUGGUUUAAUUAACAAUGUGAAGUUGUGCAAUGCAGUUAUGGAUCUGUAUGCGAAGUGUGGAUUCGUGAGUGAAGUUAGAAGGGUCUUUGAAGAGAUGGAGGAACAUAGUGUUGUGUCGUGGACUGGGAUUCUGGAAGGAGCCGUAAAAUGGGAAGGAGUGGAAAGUGGAAGAGCCGUGUUCGACAGGAUGCCUGAGAAGAAUGAGGUUGCUUGGACCAUUAUGAUCGUGGGUUAUGUAGAAAACCGGUUUACGCGGGAUGCUUUUUACCUUCUGAAAGAAAUGAUUUUUGAUUGUGGGAUGGGAUUGAAUUACGUUACUCUUUCUUCGCUCUUGUCAGCCUGUUCACAGUCAGGUGAUGUGGCUCUGGGCAGGUGGGUUCAUACUUAUGCUUUGAAAUCAAUGGGUAGGGACAUGAAUAUAAUGGUUGGCACGAGUUUGGUUAACAUGUACUCAAAAUGUGGUUGGAUAAACACUGCAUUGAUAGUGUUUAAGCAUAUGCCACGAAGAAAUACAGUGGCUUGGAAUGCUAUGCUUGGAGGGUUGGCCAUGCAUGGACGGGGCAAAGUUUUGGUGGAAAUGUUUCCUGAUUUGGUCAAAGAAGCGAAACCAGAUGCAAUGACCUUUAUGUCUUUGCUAAGUGCUUGCAGCCAUACAGGCCUUGUUGAACAGGGUUGGCAAUAUUUCCACAGCCUUGAAUCGGUUUACAACAUAAAGCCUGAAAUAGAACAUUAUGCUUGUAUGGUAGACCUAUUGGGUCGGGCUGGUCGUCUUGAAGAAGCUUUGUCCUUCAUGAAAAAGAUGCCAAUUCCUCCAAAUGAAGUGGUAUUGGGGUCCAUUCUGGGUUCUUGCCGUGUCCACGGUAAGUUGCAGCUCGGUGAGAAGAUGAUGCAGGAGCUGAUUCAGUUGGAUCCCCACAACACAGAAUGUCAUAUUCUGCUUUCAAAUAUGUACGCAUUGUCUGGAAAAGAGGACAAGGCUAAUUCUCUUAGGCAAGUUCUUAAAACCAGGGGUAUUAAAAAGAUGCCAGGUGUGAGUUCGAUAUAUGUUGCUGGCAAACUCCAUCAAUUUACUGCAGGGGAUAAGACACACCUGCAAACUGCAGAAAUAUAUAGGAUGCUAGAUGACAUGAUUCGAAGGUUAAGGUUGGCUGGUUAUGUUCCCAGUACAGCUUCCCAAGUGUUAUCUGGUUGUUCUGGAAGGGAUAACUACAGAGAAGAGUUGGAGGAGGUAGAGCAGGUAUUGUUCACACAUAGUGAGAAGUUAGCUCUCUGUUUUGGCCUGAUAAGCACGCGAUCUGGUUCCCCAUUGUAUAUUUUUAAGAACCUGAGGAUAUGCUUGGAUUGUCAUUCUGCUAUUAAGAUUGCCUCUGACAUAUACAACCGUGAAAUUGUCGUCCGUGAUCGUUAUCGUUUUCAUAGUUUCAAACAAGGAUCAUGCUCUUGCUCCGACUAUUGGUAACUACUAAUCACCAUUCAUUCCUUUCAGAGACUGGUGAGUUGGAAGUGAUAAUUCAUAACACUUGUUUGUUGCUCCCCCCAUUCUUUCUUCUAAAUUCAUGAAUGAACGUCUAUUAUUGGCUAUUUUCAGCA